CCCGGCGCGCGGCAGGGUCCUCGACUGGCGCCGCUCCCGGGGAUGGUGAGCAAGGCGCUACUGCGCCUGGUUUCUGCCAUCAACCGCAGGAGGAUGAAGCUGCUGCUGGGCAUCGCCCUGGUCGCCUACGUUGCCUCUGUUUGGGGCAACUUCGUUAAUAUGAGGUCUAUCCAGGAAAAUGGUGAACUAAAAAUCGAGAGCAAGAUUGAAGAGAUUGUUGAGCCACUAAGAGAGAAAAUCAGAGACUUGGAAAAAAGCUUCACCCAGAAAUACCCGCCAGUAAAAUUUUUAUCAGAAAAGGACCGUAAGCGAAUUUUGAUAACCGGAGGUGCAGGGUUUGUGGGUUCCCACCUAACUGACAAACUAAUGAUGGAUGGGCACGAGGUGACAGUGGUGGACAACUUCUUCACGGGCAGGAAGAGAAACGUGGAACACUGGAUUGGCCACGAGAACUUUGAGCUCAUUAACCACGACGUUGUAGAACCCCUCUACAUUGAAGUUGACCAGAUAUAUCAUCUGGCAUCUCCAGCCUCCCCUCCAAACUACAUGUAUAAUCCUAUCAAGACGUUAAAGACCAAUACAAUUGGGACUUUAAAUAUGUUGGGGCUGGCAAAACGAGUCGGGGCGCGUCUUCUCCUGGCCUCCACCUCCGAGGUGUACGGAGAUCCUGAAGUCCACCCUCAAAGUGAGGAUUACUGGGGCCACGUGAAUCCAAUAGGACCCAGAGCCUGUUACGAUGAAGGCAAGCGUGUUGCAGAGACCAUGUGCUAUGCCUAUAUGAAGCAGGAAGGAGUUGAAGUACGAGUGGCGAGAAUAUUCAACACCUUCGGGCCACGCAUGCAUAUGAACGACGGACGGGUUGUCAGCAACUUCAUCCUGCAGGCCCUCCAGGGGGAGCCACUCACGGUGUAUGGAUCCGGAUCUCAGACGAGGGCAUUCCAGUACGUGAGUGAUCUCGUGAACGGGCUUGUGGCUCUGAUGAACAGCAACGUCAGCAGCCCUGUCAACCUGGGGAAUCCAGAAGAACAUACGAUACUAGAAUUUGCUCAGUUAAUUAAAAACCUUGUCCCACUGGAAGAAGGUUUAAAUAAAGCGAUUCACUACUUCCGCAAAGAACUUGAGUACCAGGCAAAUAAUCAGUACAUCCCCAAACCCAAACCUGCAAGAAUAAAAAAAGGAAGGACACGCCAUACCUGAACACCUCAGUUCCUGGGACAGGAGACUCCCUGAUUACACUUGAUGGGAUGUAUUUUUGUUUGUUUUCCUUUUUAUUUUUUUUGAAGAAAGACUUAAACAGGUGUCAUGAAGAACAAACUGGAAUUUCAUUCUGAAGCUUGCUUUAAAGAAAUGGAUGUGCCUAAAAACUCCCCUCAAAAAACUGCAGAUUUUGCCUUGCACUUUUUAAAAUCUCUCUUUUUAUGUAAAAUAGGGUAGAUGCAUCUUUGCGUAUUUUCAAGUUUUUUAUCUUGCUGUGAGAGCAUAUGUUGUGACUGUCGCUGACAGUUUUAUUUACUGGUUUCUUUGUGAAGCUGAAAAAGAACAUUAAAUGGGAUGAAAAAUGCCAAUUUAUUUAUAAAAGUGGGUACUUAUAAAUGAGACAUUAUACUAUGCAUAAAGACAAGAAAAGCUUGCAGUGUGGUCAGGUGGGUAGCGCCGGCAUUUACCGUUCAAGCUGACAAAAGAAUUCUGUUUGAAAGCUUUAUGUUUCUUUCAAUUCAGAAUGUUUCCAAGGUCUAGUUUUUAGUUGCACACUUGACUUUGAAAUAGUUCUGUUGGUUAUCACAGUUAAGGACAUUUGGAAUCACUACUGUGUCGUGCUGUGUGUUUUGGGGGAAAAAUAAACAUAUUCUUGGUUAACAGUGGUUGAAUAUGCUAUUUUAAUAAAAUAUUGAAACUUACUGGUUAUGGACGAUUAGUUUUUAAAGGCUGGUUUUCUGCUUUGCUUGGUGCAUUGUUGGGUUGCUGAGAAAAAUACUGGAGAAUUUAGUUUAAAAGAAAGUUCUGGAAGCAUCCAAAACAAAAAAAGGAAACCCUGCUGCCCUCAAGUCAAUUCUAACUCAUAGCAACCCUAUAGGACAGAGUAGAACCGCCCUCUAGAGUUUCCAAGGAGCAGCUGGUAGAUUGGAACUGCCAAACUUUUGGUUAGCAGCUGAGCUCUUAACCACUGUGCCACGAAAGCAUUCAGCUUUAUAAAAUAGGCAAUUUGAUGUGUGGCACUUUAAAGCUUUUACGUGUGACUCUGGCCAGAUCUGUGCAUAUAAUAUUCACUGCUGUGUGGAGGAGUUUUCAGAUCUUCAGGGUUAGAAACAUGUCGGGUCCUUCCCUGGCAGCAAAGACCAGAUG